AUGAAUAAUACUUAAAUAUUGAAAAUCUUAAAAAAUUCAAUAGUUACAAAUAUUGAAACUGAAACUUCAUUAGUUAAAUGUGGAAGUUUAUAAAGUAAUACCUUUCAUUUUAAUUUCUAAAGUUAAUUGAAUCUUUAGAUUAAUGAUUAAAAGGAAAUUUUUUAUUUUAAUGAGAACAUGCUCUAUUAAAUUAAAUCAAAGGAAUCACAGAAAAAAUAAAAAGUCUUGAGUUAAUAUUGGAAUAUUUUGAAUUUUUAUUAUAUUGUCAAAAAUUAAAAUUAAAAGUCCGAUAAAAAAUUCAGUCCUGCAGAAAUAAAUUAAUAAUUAAUAAGGGUCUAAUAAAAUAAAGAAUAAUAUAAAAAAGAAAAAAAAAUAAAACAGGAACAGAAGAAUAGAAAAUAAGUAAAAAAUGGAAUAAACUGAUUUUAAGAAAUAAAAAAAAAGAAAGCAACGGUUAACCUUAAAUAAAACAAGAAUAGCCAGCUCUUAAUGCUUAUAAAAUAAGGAGGGACGAUCAAUAAAAUUAAUGCUCUUUCUUCAUUAUUUAGGCUUGAA